AUGCCUUCAAACCCGGCAUACUUGCACCUCAGAGACUUCAUCGAAGAAGUGGGACCUGACCCGGCUCGACCGAGCAAAGGACUGGCUCUACAACUUCUUGUCUCACUUCAUAUUCCAGAAAAGGAGGUUCAAUCGGACGAUGUCGACAUUCACGAUAUCCCCACCUUAAUCCGCUUCUUCUGCGAACCGGGUCGAAGUGCGGACUUAUAUCAACCUGACUCCUUUGUUUAUGCUUGGGGCUCUUUCUUAACUGCCACCUCGCAAGACCGAAAAUUCCACAUUCUGCUCCACGCUCACACAGUAGAUCGGCAUCCCGGAAACUUAACCAACACUGAAUCAUACUGCAACCGCUGCCCGGAAGCCGCUCAGCCAACCGUAACCUUCCAAGGCAUCGUCAACAAUUCCGGAGGCCAACUCAACAGCGGCUCAACUUUGCUACAUUACCGCCUACAAGUCACGGUCUACGACAGUUCUACCAAAGCGGAACAUACUUUUCCUGUCACUAUUUACCUUAAAAAUGGACAGCGAUGGACCAACUUCCCCUCCCUAUCCCCACAAACCCAAGUCUUUGUCGGAGGACGUAUUUUUGGCACGACCAAAGAAAACCAACAAUUAGCGGUACUAGCUGACGAUAUACACUUCCUUCAAACCAUGCCCCGAACAGUGCCACCAAGUCCUGCUUCUACGGGCAAGCGAAAACACCCUGAUCGAUGGGCUCGUCAGAGUUCUCCCCACACUCCAUCAAAAGCAGCUCGCCUGACCGACACUGCUUUGGCACAGCCGUCAACGCAAUGUUCUUCAACACUGCAAAGCCCCGCUACUCAAAAGAACUCUGCCAUUCCCUCUGUAGAAGCAGACAAAGAGACGGUGGUAUCCUGGCCACCAACAGAUAGUGAGCCAGAUGUAUCACCGGCGUCUAAGCAAGACUCACCGGCGGAAAGACGUUCCCAAAGAUCACGCAAUCGUAUAUCGUAUGCGGAUAUACUCUCUUAUGAAUGA